GGUGUCACCGCGCUCAUUGCGCAACAUUUUUACGCAGCGCGGAAGGCUUGCUGCGCGGCGUCCUGCUCGGUUCAACGCGCGGAUGAUACCAAAGAUCGGCGAAACGGGAAGAACAUGACAGAAACGAUGCGUCUGUUUGCUUCAUUAUAAUCGCGAACAUGGGCGACAGAAGCGAGAAGAGCUCGGCGAGGCGCAAGCGGAGAACCACGAUCUCCGGAGACGCGGCGGGAGCCCACGCGAAGCGCGGCGGCGCGGGAGAGACGCUUAGCGGGCAGCUGAAGGAGAAAGAGCAGAGGCACGAAACACCAGCGAAUAAACACAAGAAUCACAGCGAUGCUGGCCAUGACUCCUUCAGCUGCCAUAAGCUGCAGGAGUCGCUGCUCAGCUCCAAUAGCGGCUACAGUAACUACAGAGGAAUCCUCAACUGGUGUGUGGUCAUGCUGGUUCUGUCCAAUGCACGGUUGGUCCUGGAGAACCUUAUAAAAUAUGGCAUUCUGGUGGACCCCAUCCAGAUCAUCUCUCUCUUCCUGAAGGACCCAUACAGCUGGCCGGCUCCGUGCCUGAUCAUUGUUUCCAACGUCUUUAUAAUGGCAGCUUUGUACAUAGAGAGAAAGCUAUCUGUGGGCACCAUCUCAGAGUGCACCGGAACAUUCCUUCACUGCAUCAAUCUUGCAGCUCUUUUAUUUGUCCCAGCCGGUACAGUUCUCAGUGUGUCCUCGAUGACCCCAGUGGGUGGUGUUGUGGCAUUGGGUGUCUUCACCGUUCUCUUCCUCAAGCUCUAUUCAUACAGAGAUGUCAACAAAUGGUGCAGAGAGAUCAGACGUGCCAAAGCCCGAACCCUGUCUCGCUCUCACUCCUGCCCAUCUGUGCACAAAGCCAACGGCACGACUGGAUACACACACGUGAGCUAUCCAGGAAACCUCACACACAGAGACAUUUAUUAUUUUAUUUUCGUUCCAACUCUGUGUUACGAGCUGAACUUCCCGCGGUCUCCACGGAUCCGAAAGCGUUUUUUACUACGUCGACUGCUUGAGAUGCUGUUUUUAAUGCAGUUAAUGAUUGGAUUAAUACAGCAGUGGAUGGUUCCGACGAUUCAGAACUCAAUGAAACCUUUUCAGGACAUGGAUUUGUCCAGAAUAGUUGAACGUCUGCUGAAACUUGCGGUGCCCAAUCAUUUUAUCUGGCUCAUCUUUUUCUAUUGGUAUUUCCACUCCUCUAUGAACUUCGUAGCGGAGCUCAUGCAGUUUGGAGACCGCGAGUUUUACCGCGACUGGUGGAACUCUGAAACAAUUCCGUAUUUUUGGUCAAACUGGAACAUUCCUGUUCACAAGUGGUGCCUAAGACACUUUUAUAAGCCCAUGUUGGUGAAAGGAGUAAAUAAGUUAGCAGCUCAGUUAGCUGUGUUCUUCAUGUCUGCGUUUUUCCAUGAGUAUUUAGUGAGUGUCCCUCUAAAGAUGUUUCGCCUCUGGGCGUUUCUGGGAAUGAUGGCACAGAUCCCGCUCGCCUAUUUUGUGGGCCGAUUCUUGAGGGGAAACUAUGGCAAUGCUGCUGUCUGGAUGUCGCUGAUCAUCGGCCAGCCGAUCGCUGUGCUCAUGUACUUUCAUGACUAUUACGUGCUGCAUUAUGGGAAUGCGGCAGAGGGCGUCGCGGCAUGACACAGCCAUUUCUGCAAUAAAGAAGUUGAAUGUAAAAACAAUGCAUAUAUUUUUAGAAGGGACAUUUUUCGAUUUUUAACAGACUUCAGCCCAAAUCGAAUGUGAUCAUUAUUCCGAAUGACUUGAGCAGGUGUGUUUUAUAACGUGCAAUCUAAUGUUAACACUGCCGAGCUAAAGCAGCACAUCGUUGCAAUGCCUUCUCAGUAAUAUUUCAUACUUGACAUUUUCAUACUAAAAUGAUCAAUCAAAGAGGCGCAAAAUCAAAAGUGCAUUUGUAUUUUUCCAAAUGCAUUUCAGAACUCAUUUAUGUCUCCAAUAUAAAUGUAAUGUUUUUUUAUUCUCUGUGCUGUUGCUUUGGUGGUGCGACUGACUGAAUCUGUGAGUUUUUGCACUUUAUUUAGAAAUGCAUGAUGUUUGUCAACCUUUUAAAGGUUCAUUUAAAGAAUGUAAAUGCUCUUAUGUUGAUUUCAAAACUUGUUUGAUUUUAAGUCAGUGCAUUAUAUCACCAUUGUACAUGAAUCUGUGAAAAUUUUCAAGCCAAAAUUAUAUUAUGUGCCAUUUAAUUUGCCUGUAGUGUUAUUUAAAUGGAAUUUAAUGGGAUUCAAGUACCAAGGUGGCCUAAAAAGAUGUAAGAUGUCCUAGAGCAUGUAAUUUUCUCAACUCAAAUUUGAAAACUAUUUUGUGGAGUUUUUGUCUACUGAAUUUUUUUGGAACGACAUUUCCCAAGACUUUGUAUGUAUCCCUCUCAGCCGUGAUUUUGUUCCUGUCAAAUCCAUCCUGGGCUGGUUGUAUAAACUACUUAGACUAGUACAAAAAAGUUAGAUUGGCCCAAUCUUAGUCAGAAAAGUAAGACUGAUUUAAGACUGUCUAACUGCCAGUUGGUCAAACUAUUUCUUAAGACAGUCUUAACAUAGUGGCUAUGUUUGUGUAAUUGGCCCCUGCUUUAAAUAGCUUGAGCAUUUAAAGCAGUGGACAAUAAAACUGCAGCGCGCUUAUAAUAAACAAUGUUAUCAUC